AGGAACCUAUUAUGUCAAGAGAACUGGGUCACAACCUACACGGACGGUGAUUCUGACGGACAACAACAACACGGUCCAGCUGUGUGCUCGCUGUAGUAGAUUAGAUACCUGUCGUCGUUACUUGGUGAAAACUGUGAUUUUAAUUAGUUGUCAUUCGGUCUCUUGUGGUUGAAGGGUCUCAGUAGACGGUUAGAUGUCUGGUUCACCAGAACUUCCUAAAAAAGACGAAGAAGAGGAGGAGGUUACCCCUGAACCAGAGGAGCAAUCCGACGACAGCAGUGGGGAGGAGGCUGCAGGAGACACAGAGAUGGACUUCCUGCGUAACCUCUUCUCCAGCACCCUGGGCCUCGGCUCACCAGACAAAGUUCUGGAUGAUCUGACUCUGGACGGAGUGGCACAGUACAUAAAGAGCGGCAAAUGUAAAAACAUAAUCUGCAUGGUUGGAGCAGGAAUAUCCACAUCGGCUGGGAUCCCUGAUUUCCGCUCACCAGGAUCUGGCCUGUAUGCAAACUUGCAAAAAUAUAACCUGCCUUACCCAGAGGCCAUCUUCCAGAUAGAAUACUUUAAGAAACAUCCAGAGCCUUUCUUCGCCUUGGCCAGGGAGUUGUACCCAGGACAGUUUAAGCCGACAAUCUGUCACUACUUCAUGAAGCUGCUGAAGGACAAGGGUCUCUUGAGACGCUGCUACUCACAGAACAUUGACACUCUGGAGCGAGUGGCCGGGCUCGGAGGAGACGAUCUAAUCGAAGCUCAUGGAACGUUCUUCACGUCCCACUGUGUCAGCUUCCGUUGCCGCAAGGAGUACAACCUGGACUGGAUGAAAGAUAAAAUCUUUUCUGAUGACAUUCCCCGAUGUGACAAGUGCAGCAGUUUGGUGAAGCCAGAUAUCGUAUUCUUUGGAGAGAAUCUACCUGUUCGGUUCUUCACUUCAAUGAAGAUGGACUUUCCUCGCUGUGAUCUUCUCAUCGUCAUGGGGACGUCUCUGCAGGUCCAACCGUUUGCAGGUCUAGUCGGCAGGGUUUCAAAAAGUUGCCCCAGACUGCUCAUUAACAUGGAGAAGGCAGGACAGGCUGAUCCUCUAUUCGGGUUGCUGGGUUUUGGAGGAGGGAUGGACUUUGACUCAGACAAGGCGUACAGAGAUGUAGCUCACAUCAGUACAUGUGAUGAUGGCUGUUUGGCUCUAGCCGAGCUGCUGGGAUGGAAGGUGGAGCUGGAGGACUUGGUGAAGCAGGAGCAUGCCAAGAUUGACAGUCAGGACAAGAAAGAGAAGGCCGGUGAGAGCAAAGGAGCUGCAGCCGAGGCGAGCUCUGCUGCAUCAGUGGAACCAGAGCCCAAAAAGGAAGAGUAACUUAUUAAAAAGGCUCCCUUUUUAAGAGAAGCUACUGUGGUGAUGUCACCGUAUGGAGAUGAUGAGGAUACCCGGGGUUUGUGUUUGGAAGUGAAGCUUCGCCCACCGGGUGUCACACUCUCCUUUUCCAUCUGCGGACAUUUAAUUCUUCUGAACAAUCUCGCCGUGAUAUCCCUGUGUUUUAUGCUUCUGUUUAUAUCACACAUCUGCACUUUACUGACAUUAAUCUACUUUCCUUUUUGCUUUAGCUUGCAUCUGUCUUAGCUGUAUAUUUCUUUUUGAGGCAGUUAGCUCUAUGCAUGGGCAGAUUUUUACUGCAGUAUGCGGUGGCGUUGUUCAAGUACAGCUGAUGUUUACAGAUCUCAGAGCGUGGAAGGUGGUUAAUAUCUCCUAAACCCUGGCAGUGUGAUCAUUACUUUGCUGAAUUACAGAACAAGCUACUAUACUGUCUCUGAACCAGCUAUUGAGCACAGCAGAUGGCGUAAUUUGGGCCAAACCACUUCAGCUCUCUUCACUUCAGUGACGAUGUGGUUUCAGUUUAAGCUUCCUCAAAAGAUAACCAGGCUAUUGUGUAUUUUAUCUGUUAUCUUUUCCCCCCAAGCCAAAAUUUGUUGGCCUGAUUGUUCUGUGACGUCUUAAAGGGAUGGGUGUUUUGAAGAGGGGGUUGUAUGACGUACUUAGCCAUAGUCAGUGUAUUAUCUACAGUAGAUGACGGUCGGCAGCAAAAAAAAGCCACCUAAAAGAAAGGCUCACCUAAAAAAACGUCAUCUACUGUAGGUAAUAAACUGACUAUGGAUAAGUACCUGAUAGGAGAGCUGAGGUAGUUGUAAAUAUAACAGUAGGUUAAAGUGGAACUUUUAAAAUAUUUUCAAUGAACAGCGUUUUAAUCUUAACCUUCUGCUCCUGUUGGAUUUGAUUUCUCUAAUUUCUUUUAACACAAUUCUCAGAUGUUUAUGAGGCAAGUUAUGUCUUCUUAAUCUUAUGGAACAACAAACUGUACAUCCUACACAACAUAACAUUAACGUUGCUCUCUAGAGUCAGGAUGCUAGUUGGUCCUUUGUUGAUUUUACUUUUUAAAUCUUUGGGGAUUGUUUAAGUGCUGCAAAAACUCAAGAAGGAUAAAAAGACAAGAAUUGCUAAAAUAGGGUGAAGAAGUUGUAUCAUAGGAAACUAUUUGGGUUAUCUGAAAAAGCAUGAAUUGUUGUAACAUGAAAUAAAUAAAAUACAAGGAGGGUGGACACGGUUACAUUACCAUCAAAAUAAUGGAAACCAAUUCAAAAAUCCUGCAAUAAAUUUGA